UCCCCACUUUAACAACACAACCAAACCACCAUUCCAUAAUGCACCGGUCUUCCUCCCACAACGCCACCGCCACCUCCGUCAAUGGCUUCUACAACUUUUUGACUCAAGGCCUUGACGAUCUUUUUCGAUCAUUUCACUCGAAUCACUUCAUGUCUAUCCAUUUUCUACAACAUGUUCUUUCUUCACUCCAAUCUUUUCAUUCUCAACUCAUUGCAGUUGUCCAAAAACUCCACUUGCCAGUUGGCGAAAAAUGGCUAGACGAAUACAUGGACGAAAGUGCCCGUCUUUGGGAAGUUUGUCACGUCAUCAAAACCGGUAUCACUAAUAUGGAAAAUUAUUAUUCUACUGCUCUUACCAUCACCACCACCCUAGAUAAUCACCACUAUUUAAACCCGCAAAUUUCCCGCCAGGUUCUAAGAGCGAUCAAUGGGUGCCAAAGGGAGAGAGUUGGGUUAGAGGAAGAGAAUAGGGGGUUAAUCAGAACAAGGAUUCAACCAUUGAUGAUGAAAUUCGAUAGAAACGUACUCAUUGAAUCGAAAUUCAAUGGGUUCAAUGGGUUUAGAGGAGUACUUUUUGCCUUGCGAAAUACAAAUUCCUUGCUUUUGCUGAUAUUGUUAAGUGGGUUGGUGUAUUGUUCACCUGUAACAAGUUUUUCUUCAUCUUGUCAUGGGAACAGCCACAUGAAUUAUAGUGAAAGUAAGUCAGUUUUCGGGUCCGGUUUCAUGGUUUCAGCAUCAAGGUUACAUGAGAAAGUUAUGGAGAAUGAAGAUGGUCAAAAUGGUGUUCUGCUUUAUGAGUUUUGGAAUGCAAGAACAGCUAUUGAUGAAUUGAAAACAGAGCUAGAAAGAAUUAGAGGGACCGGAAUGGAAUUUGAUGUAAGUGAAAGGGUUGAAAAGUUAAAAAGCUGUUCUAUGGGUUUGCAAUGUGGAGUUGAAAACAUGAUUGUGCAACUUGAUGACUUUUUUGAUGAGAUUGUUGAAGCUAGGAAGAAGCUUUUGGAUUUGUGUACACAUGGUUAGGGCUUCUAAGUUUAGUCUCAAUGUGGUUCGAACACCUUGUGAACGAUUAAGGGUUCGAGUCAUUUCUCGUCGGUUUUUGCCAUAAUAGGUAGGGACCGUGGGUUCGGUUAUCACAAAUCUUGCUCUUGUAGUUAGGGUCGUGAAUUUAGCCUUUUUGCCUAAUUUUUACCCUAGUAGGUAGUAACUAUGGGUUCGAGUCUCGUUCUUUUUGCUAGUUUUGCUAUUAUAAGUAGAACUUGUAAUUUCGAGUUUCACCCUUUUUGUCGAAAAAGGUAAGAGAUUAGACUUGUGCAGGAAGAAAAAGAAAAUCAAAUUAGACUAUUAG